AUGUCGCCUGCAGAUUGGAGCGGGCAAGCGAGGCUCAACCUUCCUGACAACUACUUUCCCAACUGCAUCUUCAACACCACCUUUCACGCCCCUCCGCAACUCUUGCAGACGAACAGCAUUGCCCCACUGGCUCGCUACAUACACGUCGAAUCGCGCAAGCUGACCGUCGAAGGGGCGCGCAACACGCUUUCUUGGAUGCAGCGUCAGCCAGACAAAUCCCUCAUCGAGAUGAAGCCGCCGUUUGAAAGGGGAAUGUUUGUCAUCACUGCUUGGCACAAGCUCGCUUGUUAUCGAGAUGUGCACUUUGACGAGCUGCUGCUGCUGCCCGCGAAGGAGGAGGAGGAGGGUGUGGUGGAGCAAGGCUUUCAUCAUCCUUGCCUCGUUGCGCCUCCCAUCACCCCCACCUCUCUCGUCGAUGGCUUGAUAUAUGCCCUACCUGCGCCGCCGCCCCAUCAGGACUCUGCGGUGCACCUCUGCAUCACUUUGAGCCAGCCCGUCUGGCAUCAUCUCGAUCGGGACGCUCUGUUCCUUGCGUUUGCAGACGCGUGCGCGUGA